AUGGGGGCGUGCAGCCGUCUAAGCCCCAGGUCUGCUCACACUGGCCUUUCUCGGGCCUUCUGGGUGGAACGGCCUUGCCACUCAGCGGCCCCAGCUGUGGUUGCCAAACUGAGUCCCUCCAAGGUGCUGCCUUUUGAGGCCAUUCCACGCAAUGGGCACAAUGCCUGGGUGAACCUCUAUCAAUUCUGGAGGACCAAUGGCUUCCAAAACUUCCAUCAUGUCAUGGACAAGAACUUCCAGAACCUGGGUCCCAUUUACAGGGAGACAGUGGGCAGCCAUGACAGCGUCAACGUGUUCCUGCCACAAGAUGCUGCCCAGCUUUUCCAGACAGAAGGGAUCUUCCCACGCCGAAUGGGUAUAGACUCGUGGCUGGCCCACCGCACAUUGAGGAACCACAAGUGUGGGGUCUUCCUGUUGAACGGGGAAGAGUGGCGCUCAGACCGCCUAAUCCUCAACAAGGAGGUGAUCAGUCCUGCUGGUACCCGCAAGUUCCUGCCCUUUCUCAACACAGUGGCUGAGGACUUUGUGGCUUUCAUGCACCGGCAGGUCAGGAAGAACACUCGAGGGUCUCUGACCGUGGAUCUUUAUCAUGAUCUCUUCCGCUUCACGCUGGAAGCUAGCAGCUAUGCCUUGUAUGGAGAGCGCCUGGGCCUUCUGGAGGAGAGUCCCCGGCCUGAGUCCCAGGAGUUCAUCGGUGCCGUAGAGAUCAUGCUGCAGUCUACGCUACCUCUGCUCUUCGUUCCACCGGGCGUUAUGCGUUGGGUGAACAACAGGCUCUGGCAGGACCAUCUGAAGUCCUGGGAUACUAUCUUCAAUCAUGCUGACAAAUGCAUCCAGAAUAUCUACCAGGAAUUCUGCCUGGGGAAGCCCCGCAAAUAUUCUGGGAUCAUGGCAGAGCUGCUGGUCCAAGCUGAGCUGCCUCUUGAUUCCAUCAAGGCCAACAUCACUGAGUUAACAGCUGGGGGGGUUGACACGACAGCCAUGCCCCUGCUCUUUACCUUAUUUGAGCUAGCCCGCAAUCAACAGGUCCAGACCGCCAUUCGGGGGGAGAUCAAGGAAGCCCAGGCGCAGGGCUCCCGGGAACUCUCCAAGGUGCUGAACGCAAUGCCACUGCUCAAGGGAGCCAUCAAGGAAACGCUGAGGCUGUACCCUGUGGGGAUUACCAUCCAGCGCUACCCAGUACGAGAUGUGGUGCUCCAGAAUUAUUGUGUGCCAGCUGGUACUUUGUGCCAGGUGGGGCUCUACUCCAUGGGCCGGAGCCCGGAGGUGUUUCCUGACCCAGAGCAGUACAAGCCCACGCGCUGGCUCGGCAAAGAGGACAACAGCUUCAAGGCCCUGGCCUUUGGCUUUGGAUCUCGGCAGUGCAUUGGGCGGAGGCUGGCGGAAGCAGAGAUGAUGCUCUUUCUCAUGCACAUCUUGCGGAACUUCAAGAUCGACACCGUCUCCAAGGCAGACAUCAGGACCAUCUACGGCUUCAUCCUGAUGCCGGAGAAACCACCUCGGCUCACUUUCCGCCCCAUUGAAUAG